AAACUCGCACUCAUACGGUCACACUCAUACCUACGUCCCUCAGUUUUUCUAUUUAUAUUCACACCACAGCUUGCCCGCCCUGACAUUUUUUCUAAUCUCUCUCUCUCUCUUUUCUAAUUCAAAGAGAGGUGGCUGAUCUGAUGAACAAGUCUCGCUUCAGCAUCAAUCUUUGCCCAUCUGACUCACUCAAAGUCUCCCUCUUCCCAUGUUUCUAUCUCAAUUACCGCUUCCCUUUCCACUUAUUCUUCAUCUUCUUCUUCAUGUCUACGUCUGCGGAGUUCUUCGGUUCUUCUCAGUCUCCUAGGACUUUAUUUGGAUUUGUCUCAUUUUAACAGAUGAAGUGCUUUCAUUUCUCUAACUGGGAGAAGAGAGAGGAAGACGAUGGUGUCAUGUCUAAGAUUUCUAAAGUUUCUUGGGCACGUUCCCUGAGCGUCGCUUCCAGUAGUGCGGACGUCAGGCGGUUCGACUUUGGUUCGGACUCGAGGGACUUCUCCGAUUAUCCGGCUUUUCCCGACUUCUUCUCUCUCGGGAGACCAAAUGAUUUGCGAAUCUUUUCUUUCUCUGAGCUGAGAUCAGCUACCAGGGGAUUCAGUCGUGCGCUCGUGAUUGGUGAGGGAGGCUUUGGAUGUGUUUAUAGAGCGGUUCUUAGGGUUUCUGAUGACAAUCCUGAUGCCAAGAUGGAUGUUGCUAUCAAACAGUUGAAUCGCCAUGGUUUGCAGGGACAUAAGGAAUGGAUUACAGAAGUAAACUAUUUGGGUGUUGUGAAGCACCCAAAUCUUGUCAGAUUAGUUGGAUAUUGUGCUGAGGAUGAUGAGAGGGGAAUUCAACGGCUUUUGGUAUAUGAACUUAUGAGCAAUAAAAGCUUGGAGGACCAUCUUCUCACUCGGAUGCCAUCUCCCCUUUCCUGGGAAAUGAGAUUAAAAAUUGCCCUAGAUGCAGCGCGUGGUUUAUUAUACCUCCAUGAAGAAAUGGAUUUUCAGUUAAUAUUUCGGGAUUUUAAAACUUCAAACAUUCUGUUGGAUGAGGACUUCAACGCAAAGCUCUCUGACUUUGGAUUGGCCAGGCUGGGUCCAACUGAAGGGCUUGGUCAUGUUUCAACAUCGGUUGUUGGAACAGUGGGCUAUGCAGCUCCAGAAUACAUUCAAACAGGGAGACUGACUGCCAAGAGUGAUGUUUGGAGCUUUGGUGUCGUCCUCUAUGAACUCAUAACUGGAAGAAGGUCAGUGGACAGAAACCUACCUAGGAGUGAGCAGAAGCUUUUAGAAUGGGUUAAACCAUAUGUAUCCGACUCCAAAAAAUUUCACCUUAUACUAGACCCACGACUAGAAGGCAGUCAUUGUAUAAAAUCUGUCCAAAAACUUGCCUCGCUUGCUAACAAGUGUCUACUGAAGCAACCCAAGUCCCGCCCCAAGAUGAGUGAAGUAGUUGAGAUGCUUGAACAGAUCAUUGCCGAAACAUCAUCAGCAUCAGAUGGUAAUGUCCUACGUUCUAUCAAAGAAACCAAACAUGUAAAGGAAGACAAUGUUGCAGAGAAUGAAUCAACUAAACAAGGGGCAAGUUAUCUGAAGAGGGUAUUUGAUUUCAGAGAAAUUGUCAGCUUAAAAAACAGAUCCAGUGGGAGGUUGGAUUGGAGAAAUUGGACCCCGGGGUUGGUGAGGACUUGGUGAUGCGUUUGUGGAAGUAUAGUCUGAAAAUGCCCCUCUUCCUACCAAUAGUAGUGUUGUCGGAGCAGAUUAUUUUGGCGUUGCUUGAAACAUCCAUCAAAGUAUAUGCUUUCCAGUAAAUGGCUUUCAGUUUGUGGUUCUUUGUAAAUAUAUACAUAUGCUAGCAAAAGCUCUGUUUUGUAGCAUGGAUAUAAUUUUUGCUUAGGUAUCUUCAUACUUUCCCUGUAUAUAUGAAUGCUGCCAGAGAGGAAGCAUCUGUAAGGAUCAUGUUUUAUGCCUUGUUAAUGAUUAUUUUCUUUGAGAAAA